AUAACAACAAAGCACAAUAAUCGGAAGCAGAGGCAGCGAAUAAGCGAAAAGGUCGGAGCAAUUAUUAACAGAACAUCGGUGUUCAGCGAAGAAAAAUGUAAUCAUAAUUGUAAAAACUGAUCUGAAAAGUAUUUAGAAGUAAAGUUAUUAACUAAUUGAUGAUUUGUUGAUGCAAAACGGUUGGUGCACCGCUGGACAAAGUGUUUAUAGAAGCCUGCGAAAAAUUGCAAAACAAGCGUCGAUCCGAUCGUCGUUAUUUAAUACAAUCGAAAAAUCGUGUGGAGAUCAUCGUGUUGGUGCUCGGGGACAUAUUUUGAGAAAAUUUGAUUUAAUAAAUUGCUGUUUGAAAAAUGGUGCGUCGUCGCGCUACCAAAGUUGCAGCGCUUACUGGCGGAGGUGCGCGUAGCGCCAAUAGUAAUUUGUUAGAAAAUGGUGAACUCAAAUCUACGGUUGGCUGUACACAUUUGGACGAACAAUACUUUGCCAGUCCUAAACGCAAAGACUGUAAAAUUGAUAACUGCUUGAUGGAAAAGCUUGGUAAUAAAGAACAUCAAUCCGAAAAAGAAGUGAAAACACACGGAAAAACUAAAUCAUCGUCAUCAGCAACUGGCAAGAUACGAGCCGAAAGAGGAGGUAUUGCUGGCCGUACGAUUGGUGUGCCUUUGGCCACUCGUUCACAAACACGUACAAUAGAAAAUUUCUUCAAAGCUAAAACUGCUGCCAAUAAUGCUAAAUUAGAAGAGACUUCCGUUACAAAAACUGAAACCAUAAGCUGCACAGAAAACGAAGAAUACUUGUAUGAAGACUUGCCCCACUACAAUAAUAUUCAGCCAUCAACACCAGAUACACCAUGUGAACUUGACGAAGACACAAAUGAUAGUGAAUUUUGUUCACAGCUGACGGAGGAGACCGUCUUCGGCAGUGAUUUUCUAACACACCGCUCACAAUUACGUGACAGCCACUCGUCAACUGGCAGUGCAUGUACAAAUAUUAGCAACUCGGAAAACAUAUUUCUACAAGAACCUGUACUGACUUUGAAUGUCGACAAAACGCCAAAUCAAGCGUCAUCCAUAAAGAUAAAUACGUCACUAGAAGUGGAGCCGAUAUUUUCAUCACCACCCGCACUUACUUCUGCACUUAAUGGGCGUUUCAAUCAAAUUGUGACACUCAACAUUUCGCCGUGCAAGAAACUUGACACAUUCUCUUGUGAAGCACCAAAUAUGGCCAUUGUAGGCUUACAUGAGGACGACUUUGUAGAAGAGCUAUUACCUGAACAGGAAAAAGAACAGGACAUUGACAAUGAUAAUGACAACAGUUCUUGCGAUAGUGGUGUUGCUUUUACUACCACAGUAAAUAGAGAUAUGCUGUUGACAGAACAAAAUGACAAGAUCGUGACAGUGGCGACAGAUAAUGGCAAUAAGCAUAGAAGAAAACCAGCAACACCACAUCGUAUUGUAUGUCCUUCACCAAUUAAAACUAUGCCACCUAUGAUCUCACCUAUGCGUGCUACUGUGAACGGUAGAAUCUCGUCACCAUCAGGACGUAAACUUAACAGAGAACACUUAUCGCCGCGGAAAUCCCCACGCAAAAUGGCGUCUGCCAAUUCUAAAACACGACGAAGGCUGAACACACAAAAAGAGCUUAGCGCACUAAAUAACACCGAGGAAGCAGUUAAGUUGUUACCUGAGGAAUGUGCAGUCGCUAUGAAUUACAAUGAGCCACCUAAGUUUAUACAACAUGAGAUCAACGAUUGCGAAAAACGUGAACAACAACAACAACAAAAGUGCCCCACAAUAAUGAAUACAUUGAAACAACCACAAAAACUAGUGGCAGCAAAAUCACAUGUGGUCAAAAUGCAGACACACAAACCGAAAUUGGUGAACGGUCGACCACUUGCCACAACAAAUAACAAUCACACCUUAAAAGAAUGCUUCCCCGUGCGUCGUAGUGUACGCAAAACUAAAACUGCCGUAAAUGAAGAGAUCAUGCGCAAUCUGGAGCGGGCUAUUCUCGAAGAACGUGCCGAAGGACUGAAGGUGGCGCAUUUUGAGGGCAAAGGUCGUGGUGUUGUAGCCGAACGACACUUUCAACGCGGUGAAUUCGUUGUGGAGUAUAUUGGUGAUCUCAUACCGUUGACCGAGGCGAGUGCGCGCGAGAAGCGUUAUGCAUUGGACGAGAACGCAGGCUGUUACAUGUACUAUUUUCGGCAUCAAAAUCAACAGUAUUGCAUUGAUGCAACUGCGGAUACGGGCAAAUUGGGACGUCUUGUGAAUCAUUCACGCAAUGGCAAUCUCAUUACAAAAGUGGUCGUAGUAAAGCAACGGCCACAUCUGAUACUAGUAGCAAAAGAUGACAUAGAGCCGGGCGAAGAAUUGACUUACGAUUAUGGUGAUCGUUCCAAAGAAUCGCUACUGCAUCAUCCUUGGCUGGCUUUCUAGAAACGUCGUGGUCCAGUUGAUGGCGUCGUGAGGAGGCUAAAACCGUUAUAUAUUUAGCAUGACAGAUACAAACAAAUCAACUGCUUAACGAUGAAAGUCGUAGCGACUUAAUACAGAGUUAACUGUCAAAAAGGCUAGUUAAAAUUAAUCAAAAAAUGACUUCUUAAGCGUGUGCGUGACUGUGUGCGCGCUUGCGUGGGCUGGUCGUCAGCGCGACAUUUAAUGGCUCAACUGCAGCUCAGUUGCAAAAACAAAUUAAGGAAUAGUGUAGUGAAAAAAAGAGUUCUAAUACAAAAUACCCUUUAUUAGAAAGCAUAUAACAUACAUACAUACUUAUAUACAUAUAUAUUUAAUAAUAAUAACAAACAAUUUAUAGUAACAUUAAUAUUUUAUAGACUUAUUUCGGUAAUUGUUAAUGCUUUAUUAGUGAUAAGCGAAAACAACAACAAAAAAUUAAGAGAAAACAAAAAACAAACACAAAACAAGAUGGCGUACGCACAGUGUGACGACGUGGCAUGACGAGCAUCUUGUAACAGAAUUUUGGCUGACUUCACUUUGUGCCCACCUAAAGGGUAAUUAUGAAAAAGUAAGACAAAUACUGAAUUUGAAAAAAAAAAAUAAAUCAAUUUAGUUUAAAUUUCGUGUGAAGCAAAAACUUUAAAUCGAAUACAUUUGUUACAAUUAAGACAAACAAAAGGCUAGUAAAAUUUGUUUAAUUACUUCAUAAUAUCUGCAGUUAACUUAUUUAAUAUAUAAAACUAAAAACAAAACAAAAAAAUUAUUUAACUAACACUUAAAUCGUUACACUGUGCCAUUCUUGUUUUUUCCUAUCAUUCUACAACUGAAUUGUGUUCAAAUUGCAUUGAGCCUGAAUAUAUUUAUGCAUAUAUGAUGGCUAUGAUGUCAGCUGCAUACGAUAACCGAAUUACUUUAGGAAUUGCGACAUUUUUUGUAGUAACACGCAAAAUUUUCUUUAAAAUGUGCCACAAAUCAAAAUUUCACGUGCAAAAAUGACACAAUAAAUUGUUUUCCAUUUCAAUUAAAAGAAAAAAAACAUAAAUUGUAGCGCCCUCCGCGAACAAAAGUUGGCAAAGCAAUUAUAUUUAGACAUAAAUACACACUCUAUAUCUAGAGUAAUUUACUUAUGUAAAUGUAAAUAAUUUUAAGAAGGUGCAUGUUAUCAUAUUUAAAAUGCCUUAGCAUUAUUGAAACAUUAUUAUUGUUUAAUUUGCAAAUUUCUAUAUUCUCACACAAAAGCAAGCAAGAACACAUGCAAACACACUCCUUCAAUGAUUAAUAACACAACAUUAUUCCUAGAGACACUUUAACCUAAAAUGUAGUUAACAGUUUGUAAGCGAACACUACGGUUAUAAGCAGCAAAAUAAGUUAAAACUAGUUAUAGUCAGGGUUGCGAAUUUUAUAAUACAAAAUUUUUGGAUAUAAAAUCAGAUUUUAAACUUUUAAUACCAGUAACUUGGAUUAACAAAUACAUUUUCAAUAUUUAAUACCAAUUUUGAGGUUAGAUUUUUAAAUUUUCAAUAUUUAGUACCGAUUGUGAGGUUAGAUUUUAAAUCCAAGAAGAGGGAUGAAAAAUCGAAAUUUUAAUUUUGAUUUUUUUUUUCAAUCCUGUGUUUGAAAUUAAAUAUUUUACGUUUCAAUAUUUUGUUAUUUCUGCUUAAAAACAAUAAUAUUUUUAUUAAGACUUUCGGGACUACGAAAUAAAAAUAAUUAAAUUCGAACGUUAAUUAAAUUAUUUUUUAACAUAUUAUUUACAACCCUGGUUAUAGCUCAAUAAUAAUACUGAAAUGGUCAACGCAAAGUGGCCUAAAUUAUGUUAACUUUGCAUAUAAUAAUUGAAAGCCCAUCGAAUUGGUGUUAAAAGCUCCGUGGCCGAGACAGAACAUUACUUUAGUAUAUAUGUAUAUGCGUAGUUAAAAAGAAAAUGUUUUAUAAAUGACAAAAUUCAUGUUUUUCAUUUUAUAUCUGCCAGUAUGCAUUGUCUAUGUCAUUGCAAAUCAACUUACCACAAACCACAAAUAGAAAUAAAGAUAAAAUAAUUAUAAAAAAUACCACAAAUAGUUAUACAAAUGAACUAUAGACAUUAUAUUGAUAGCAGAUUUACCGCAAACUUCACUGCUGCAUGAUUACAUAACAUUAUAUAAGAAUAAAAUUCCCUAAAAAAUGCUGAAAAUGUGUUGGUGUAGUGUCUACAACUACAAUGCAUACCUGCCUAGCAUUAAGAUCGAAUAAAAAAAAUAAAUAUUUGUAAGUUACAUAUACAUACAUACAUACAUGCACGCAAUGUACGUCUGUACUAACUAGUAUGGCAUAUAUUUAUUAAAAAAAAUGUGUGCCUCACAUGACACGACAUUUAUUGGCACACAGAGAUUAGUGCUUGUAUUUUCAAACGCAUUAAAUUUGCUUGUUAUAGGGUUUAUGACACCAAUUUCCAGCGCGUACUCACUUACAAGGGCUCUAAUAAGUCACUUAAGUUAUUUGCUAAUUAGCGGUAAUUGACUCACUCGAGCGGUGGAGAUUAAAGACGUAGAACAUUCAAGUAUUUUGAAUUUUUUCGAGUGGAAAACAGCUUAACAUUGAUUUUUGCUUGUGAUUAUGAACCGAAUAAUGUGUAAUUAAUUUCGAAUUGCUUAAAAAGUUGUUUAUGUGCGCAUAAUAAUAAACUUCACAAACAGUUAUGUUGACUAAUAGUAGCAUUGCCAUGGCGAGCAUGUGGCGUUAGCUGCAAUCAGUUUCACAGGCAGCUAAAGUGCAAUUGUUAACAAAUUAACUUUAAAGCAUUUCUUCCUCACACAACUCACAUAGAAUAAAAUCACUAAGCUGUUCCGAUUCGUGAACAAUUUUAGUGAAUAUUAUUUUUAUUGAAGAUUUGACGUUUCAAAUAGAACGAAAACACAACAUAACCCUAUUUCUAGCUAUCAACAUAAACAAAGGUUUCAACUACAACAAAACACACUUAUAUUGCGCUGACAUUAUGCAUGCAAAUCAAUGCCUCACUCAUAUAGUAGAAUCACUAACUCGUAAGAAUUUUUAUAAGAACUAAGGAAUAUAGCGCGCUAAGAAUGUUAAAAUAUAAACUAUUCAUUCAAUAAUACAAAAACAUACAAACAUACGUCAUAUACAAACGUGCAGCUAGUUAGGGAAUGAGCAGCAAAUAGUUGACGGAAGAGAUAAUUUUUCGUUAUGUAUUUAAAGCAAUUACUAUAGAACGGCUUCAUUCUGCCACUGCUUUGACGAUUUAUGCGGCUGAAAAAGUUUGAAAGUUUAUAUAAUUAAAUUGUUAAAAUAAAGUUAUUUGUCUUAAUUUAAUUAAUUAUUUUUUUAUUUAAUUUAGUUUUUUAAAUUUAAUUUUUACUUUUUCUUUAAUUUUCUUUAAUGAAAUUUUGUAACAUAAAAUUAUUUGUUUUAAUUUAAUUUAUUAUUAAAUUAAA